AUGGGGCCUAUUGCUUUUGACAAGAAACCCAUUAUCAUGAAAAGAUGGGAGCCAGACCUUAAUCUCAAGGCGGAAUGCAUCAAUGAGGUUCCGGUUUGGAUUAGAUUGCCUAAUGUGGACUUGAAGUUUUGGGGGAAGGAGGCCCUAAUGAAAAUUGUUAGCCUGGUGGGGAAUCCUGUAAAGUCUAACAGGGUUACAUCCACUAAGGAAACGAUUGCGUUUGCUAGAGUCAUGGUGGAAGUUCCUGUAAAUGGAGUGUUUCCUAAGUAUAUUGAAUUUUUGGAUGAAGGUGGUCAUUUGAUGAGGCAAAGGGUGGUGUUUGAAUGGAAAUCGAUAUCCUAUUCUGUUUGCAAUGGCUUAGGUCAUGUGGGAUCUGAUUGUCCUAAUCACAAAGUUCAGGCUAGAAGACAGAAUAGGGCUCAGGUUAAUGGGGGCCCUGCUCAUCCUCAGAAAGUUUGGAAGCCAAUAGUGAAACCAAAUGAGAUUCCUGCUACUGCUGUUCCUACUAUGAAUCCUGCUACUGCUGUUUCUACUAUGAAUCGGUUUGGAGGUCUAGAAUCUGAUAUUAUUGAAGAAAUGGGGAUUGAUGACAGAACUAUUGUUCCAGCUAGUAAUAUGUCUGUGCAUCAGAGAAUUGUUGAAGAGGAAUGUAUUUUGGGGAUUGAUUGCCCUGGCGCCAUUUGUGAUGUGUUGUGGUUCAUGAAACAUCAUUAUUUGGGUUUGUUUGGUUUGUUGGAGACUAAAGUGAAAGCUGUAAGAUUUGAUAAAGUGUUCAGUAAUUUCAAUGAUGAAUGGUCUGUGGUGACAAAUCAUGGUAAAGUGAAGGGUGGUAGAAUUUGGGUGGUAUGGGUUCCUUCUAUUUUUCAGAAUACUUCUGUUGAAUUUCUGCCUAAGGGCCUCAUGGAUAACAAUCCUUGUAUUGUGAGUAUGUUUGCUUGCAAGAAGCCUUUUCGGUUUUUUAACAUGUGGGUUGAUUGUCCUGGGUUCCUGGAAACUGUGAAACAGGCUUGGGAUUCUCCUGUUCAUGGUACUAACAUGUUUAGAGUUAUACAAAAACUCAAACAAGUAAAGCAAAACCUAAAAAAGUUCAAUCUCAGGAACUUUUCUGAUGUGGAAAAUGCUGAUUUGAUAGCUGCUACUUGUCUGGCUGAGGUUCAAACCAGAUUUGAUAGCUGGUACUUGUCUGGCUGA